AUGUUUCAUAACAAACACAUAGUUUAUCCUCGUCAAGUCCCAACACCAAAUAGCCCUGCUCAUGAAUUCUAUGAAGCUGUUAUGACAAAAACGAUGGACAAGAUGGAAGAACGCCUCAAAGCAAAUGGGUUUGACGUCGACCAAAUCGACUCCUUUAAAAACUUGUGGCGAGAAAAAUGUUAUGAGAUGGAACAACAAAGCGACGAAGAAACAGAAGAAGCACAAUACCAACAACCUGAACAAUACGCCGCGAACGAUUUAUAUUCAAGACACUUAACAACACUGCACAAUCAACCGAUGAAUAUGAACGUGAAUGUAAUGAACGCACAACCGAUGCAACAAUUCCAAUUCGCGCCAAGCCAACAAAUACCUCCCGAAUAUCACGACUCAUUCCUCCAACAAGAAAAACCACUCAUGAUGCAACCAGAACCAAUCCAACAACAACCAACACCACAACAAAAACCACCUCAACCCCCUCAACCGCAACACCACACCAACGAGGACGUCGACGGUGACGCGUUGUCCGACGACGACGACGAUGACGAACUCAGCGAAGAACCGGAAGACCACGACGCACUGUUGAUUUGCUUAUUCAUGAAUGUGAGACACGCUAAAUCAAGACAUAGAUGUGAGUUCGUCAACUGUGUGCUCAGGUACAAACACAGAGAAUAUUUCUUCGUGAAGUGUAAUGCGGAGUUCGCUUCUCCUUAA